AUGGCGCGGCGGUGCGGCUGGCAGCGACGCGUGCUCGUUCGUGACGUGCCCGAACGGCUGCUCCUGCUCCGCUUCCUCUGGCGUUGCCAAGUGCUCGUGCUCAGACCCAUGCUACGGAGUCAAGUGCCUCGAUGUCUCCAAUGCUCGUCCGCUGCGCUCGCCAACUCGGACUACCUGGACCAACACAACGCCGCCCGCGCCGCUGUGGGCGCCGCGCCCCUCGUGUGGGAUGAUGCCCUGGCAUCAAGGGCCAGGGCAUGGGUUCAGGCGCUGGCGUCGAGUGCGCACAACUGCCAGCUGCAGCACGGCGGCGCCAGCGGCGAGGGGCAGAACCUGUCGGGCGCCAGCCCCAGCGGAUGGGCGUCCAACGGCGAUGCGGUGCGCUGGUGGGUGGACGAGGGCAAGUGGUACCAACUCGGAGUGUUCCCCAACGGCUGUGCGGGCGGUGAUUGGGCCAAGUGCGGCCACUACACGCAGGUGGUGUGGAACAACACGCGCAGGCUGGGGUGUGCCAAGGCGUCGUGUGGCACGCGCAGCGACGUGUGGGCGUGCCACUACUCGCCGCCAGGCAACUACAACGGCCAGCUGCCUUAUGGUACGCACUGCAACGGCCAGCUGCCUUAUGGUACGCACUGCAACGGCCAGCUGCCUUAUGGUACGCACUGCAACGGCCAGCUGCCUUAUGGUACGCACUGCAAUGGCCAGCUGCCUUAUGGUACGCACUGCAACGGCCAGCUGCCUUAUGGUACGCACUGCAACGGCCAGCUGCCUUAUGGUACGCACUGCAACGGCCAGCUGCCUUAUGUGCAGGACCCCUGCUUCCGAGCGCUCUGCCCAUCCACAGCCACCUGCACGGCAGUGGGGGGCAACCCCAAGUGCCAGUGCGCGCAAGGCCAGGCGUUGGUCAAUGGCAAGUGCCAAGCAGACCCAUGCAGGGGGGCGAGCAGGUGUGCAGGGGACCUGGUGUGUGACGGCUCGUCUGGAGCAGCGCAGUGUGUGUGCCCCCAGGGCACCGUGCUCACCGCUUCCAACACAUGCCUGGCCUCAUCCACCACAGUCACCACCAGCAUUGCUCUCUUCAACCGCCCCUCCUUCACCAAUGCACCCGCCACCCUCGGCCCCAUCAUCCUCCGAGCGCCCACUCCCGGCGCUGCUCGCCCUGCCGGCUGUGUGAACGUGCCGGCGCCAAUGGCAGGGGCGGUGGGGUCGCUGAAGAUACUGUGGGAUGCGCCUGAUGGCGCCACGGGCCGCAGGGUGGUGUGUGGGCUCAUGUGGUUUUGGAACGGGGCGGACUGCUAUGGCCGCGCCGCAGGGUGGUAUCGCCCCGGCAACAAUGUUACCACUGCUGCGACCACAAGUGGAGAAGUCGCGUUGCUGCGCUCUAUCAGCUGCUCUCCUUGA